UUCCGGGGAAAGCUUUUGCCUCCUACUUUUUGUUGGGACCCGUGGAGAGAAGAUCUCCCGCAGGGGCCGUAAAGCGGAAUAAAAUAGGAAAGAGGUCGUUCAACAAAAUGUUCCAGGUUGCUGUUUGGACAUGUAAAACGCAAGCAGGCGUGCUUCCCCGGCGAAUUUAGCUGAAGAGUUUUGGUCAUAGUGCGAGCCUCCCUCACUCCGAACAUGCUGAGUUUCCUGCGCAGGACACUGGGGCGACGCUCCAUCCGCAAGCACGCAGAAAAAGCUCGGUUACGAGAGGCCCAGCGUGCCACAACACACAUCCCAGCCGCUGGGGAUGCAAAGUCCAUCAUUACUUGCCGUGUGUCCUUGUUGGACGGGACCGAUGUCAGCGUUGACCUGCCGAAAAAAGCUAAAGGUGAGGAGCUGUUUGACCAGAUCAUGUACCAUCAUGACAUAGUAGAGAAAGACUACUUUGGACUGCGCUUCAUGGACUCAGCACAAGUUCCGCACUGGCUCGAUGUUACAAAAAGUAUCAAAAAGCAAGUGAAAAUUGGCCCGCCAUACUGCCUUCACAUGAGAGUUAAGUUCUACUCCUCUGAGCCAAACAACCUGCAUGAAGAGCUCACCCGAUAUCUUUUUGUGCUGCAGUUGAAACAAGACAUCCUCAGUGGAAAGCUGGAAUGUCCAUUUGAAAUCGCAGUGGAGUUGGCUGCCUUCUCGCUUCAGGCUGAACUCGGUGAUUGUGACCCAUUAGAACACAGUCUGGACCUCGUAUCAGAAUUUCGGUUUAUCCCCAAUCAAACAGAGGAUGUGGAACUGGCGAUAUAUAACGCAUGGAAGGAGUGCAGAGGCCAAACACCUGCUCAGGCUGAAAUCAACUACUUGAAUAAAGCAAAAUGGCUUGAAAUGUAUGGUGUGGACAUGCAUAUGGUGAAGGCACGUGACGGUAAUGAAUACAGUCUCGGGUUGACACCCACCGGAGUUCUGGUGUUUGAGGGAGAAACCAAGAUUGGCCUCUUUUUCUGGCCCAAGAUCACGCGUCUGGAUUUCAAAAAGAGUAAACUGACGCUUGUGGUUGUGGAAGAUGACGACCAGGGCAAGGAGCAGGAGCACACCUUUGUCUUCCGAAUGGAUCACCCUAAGGCCUGUAAGCACCUCUGGAAGUGUGCAGUGGAACAUCAUGCUUUCUUUCGACUGAGGGGACCAGUACAAAAGAACUCGGCACGUUCUGGCUUCAUUCGCAUGGGAUCACGCUUCAGAUACAGUGGAAACACAGAGUACCAGACGACAAAGUCCAAUAAAGCACGGCGGUCAGCCUCCUUUGAGAGGAGGCCCAGUCGUCGGUAUUCCAGAAGAACAAUGCAGAACAGAGGACCCUUCACUCCUCAGGAGGUUCUUUUAUCUGGGAAUGGAGUCAACUCUAGCAAAGACAACCAGGUUUCAUCCGGUAGAGGUGCCUGGUCAGGUGUGCCAGUUGUCAGCCUUGUGCCUGCCCCUGUGUGUGGCCCGUUGGAAAUACAGCCUCUGCCCAGAAGUCCUGGAGGGGAAAAGAGAAGUUUACCCAUGGAUGCUUCCCUGAUUGAGACAUGUAUUGAUGAUGUCCUAAGGGCUUCUGUGGCUUCCACGGUGAAGGCUGGGGACGAGGCAGGACCAAGUGUCUCGUACGCCCCUCCCAGUGCCACUGGUGAAGACUUACUCAGCCUUACUGAAACAGCAGCUCGUCUCAAGCAGUUGGAGUUGGAGAGCAGUCCACGUCUUGCCGUGUCAAAGAAUAACGUCAAUAUCAACAUGGUCAUGAAUAAUCAGGAGGACAUUGUGAAGCUCACAGAGAAGUGUGGUCUGAACAGUGCAGGAAGUAGUCCCGUCGUCCCACCACCACGCACACCAGAUAAUCUGAAAAGUAACAUCCUUAAAGCACAAGCUGAGGCUGCCACCAUCAAGGGCACUAUGGAGGACCAUGUCACAGUGAUUGGAGACAAAAACUGCAAUUUGCAGGAGACAUCUAGGUUGAAGUUGCUCACUGGCCGAAUAGGCAGUAACUCGUCUUUGUCUGUUAGUAGUCGCUCUGACAUGCAGGACACAUGGGACCUGCUUAAGCCGUCUUCACUGGUCUCAUCAGCAGGCACAAGUGCUGAGAGGUUAGCUGAAGAUUCAAGCCCAACUCGACUCCAGCCGACCUCGGAUUCUGUAGAAGGCAUCACAGUCAAGGUUAAAGCCGAGGAAGCUGACAUUCCAAACACGACUCCACCACCGCCUGAUAAUUUGAUUGACUUCAGCGACCCAAUCCCUGUUUUAACACCAGCCCAGCAAACAAAAGUCCCCAUCACCCCUCGCUGGAUCAUUCCUACGUCUGCUCCUCCUGGUAUCUUUACUAACGGCCUGCUUGACCUUGACCCCCCUGCUAAGGUCACCACUCUUGCCCCUGCAGAAGGGGGCUCUGUCACCUCAGCCCUCCCUCACUCCGCUCACACAUUUAACACCAACUCAGCCAGCACUAUGGCUCCGCAGGGAGCCUCGGAGGAUGGAGCCAACCCCAGAGGUCUCCUGACCACUGAGCUGUAAAACACACUAACCAAGCUGGGUCAGCAACCAUCACACUAACAGACUGGACUAGGACUGUAAGUACGUUUUGGCACGACGAGUGGUGACGGCUGAUCACACGAUGCUGUAGAUUUUGCUGCAUAAAAGAAAUCCGAAUUAAUCUGACUUCCAGCCUACCAUGGUUGACUUUUAUGCUGCUGCUGUUUUAUGUCAUGUCGAGUAUUCCACUGAAUGUUGUGAUCGAUCAAAUGAGAGGCUGGAAGAGAUAAUAACUACUGGACUCUUCAUAUUCUUGACCAGCCAUGUUUUUUUGAACCUUUUCAUCCACCGGAUAAACCAUUCCUAUCACUGGAUUACCGCACAGGAUAUUUGGAUGAUCCUGCUUUUAUUUGUACACUGUAUUUGUACCAACAUUUGUGUCUGUUUUCUAACUCUACAUAUUCGUGUCCAGACACAGUCAUGGUUUAGUCUAAAAUGGGAUUCUGUGUAUUUUCUUCCCUCUUUUUCCCGCCUGUUUUCUUUAGCGUUCAUGUUGAUUUUUCUUCAAAUGAGGAACGUAAUUAUGUUGCCUGUACAAACACAUUUCACAGCCAAUUAACCGUUGACGAUAUCCAGUAACAACGUUUUGGCAUGGGGAACUAUUGCCUGUGAAUAUUGUUUGUCCAGGUCAUCGUAUUCUCAGGGUACUCAAUCCUCCGCAACUGGGCUGACGUUCCAUCAGUUGAUGCUCAAUGACCAGACAGGAGACUUCUAGUCUGACGGGAUGUUGUUGGAUCCAAAGCUUUUGAGUGGUCUCCUAGUAUUCCAUGUACAGUAAAUGUAACAGUAGUCAUGGUGGACACGCAUGCACCCAAUGGUCUUUGUCUACCACACAGGAUGUCCAAAUGUGUUCCACCAAGGGGCAAAUGCCUUUGCUAUUUGUUGUUUUAAUUUUAUUUUAUUUUUCAAAAUAUUUAAACUUCUUUUAAAAAAAAAAUCUUUUUAAAAUAUUUUGACUUUAGUCCCAUUAUAUGAUGACAAAAAUGACGCCCCCCCCCAUAAUAAUGAAAUACAAAUGAAAUAAAAACCCACUUUAAACUUUAUGGGACUAAAACAAUGUUAUUUUUCCUCAUAAUAUUUCAUUAUUUUCAUAAAACUCAUUAGACUACAAUCUGUUUUCCCCAAUAUUUUGACUUUAUUCUAAAAAUGACUGCGGAUUUUCUUGUUAAAUUCUAUUUUAAGAAUGUGAUGCAGGCCAAUAAAAACAGCCGUAGGCUGCAAUUGUUUCUUUGGACGCUCCUGGACUCCUGGACUCUUGUACUCCUGUACCUUCAGAGCAGGAGCGCCCAAAGUGCGGCUCAUGGCAUUGGCACCUUUUAAAGCUAAUUUAAAUUUGGAAGCAUAAACUUGCAAAAUUAAACACAUUUUAACAUUAUAGUAUGAAAAACACAAAAGGGAAAAAACAAAGUUUGAAAAAAUAUAUAGUAUAUUAGAAAAACAAUGUGGAAAUAUUGGAAUAAAGUCGCAAUGUUACGGGGGAAAAAACAGUGGUUGAGUGGUUAGCGCACAGACCACACAGCUAGGAUACCCAAGUCUGAUUUCGGCCAUUUCUGUGUGGUGUUUGCAUGUUCUCCCCAUGCAUGCAUGGAGGAAACCGGGUACUCCGGUUUCCUCCCCCAUUCCAAAAACAUGCUAGGUUAAUUGGCCACUCCAAAUUGUCCAUAGGUAUGAAUGUGAGUGUGAAUGGUUGUUUGUCUAUAUGUGCCCUGUGAUUGGCUGGCCACCAGUCCAGGGUGUACCUCGCCUCUCACCCGAAGACAGCUGGGAUAGGCUCCAGCACCCCACUUAAGUGAAUGAAUGAAUGAAAAACAGCAGCAACAUCAUUAACAGCAUCUCAACUUAUCUACAUGGGUUGGUUUACCAAAUGCAAACAGAGCUGUCCUAUCCAGUCAUUGAGCAUGAACUUGAUGAAUCCUACUCAGAUGAGGUCCAAAUGUAUUCUAAGGCAAUCAAUUGAAUGAUAACAUUACAAAUGAUUAACAACCAGAUUACUGCUGUCCCUGGUAUCUGUGAGCUCCAUUGAUGAUAAUUACUAUGCAUAUUUUCUCUGAAAUCCUACUAAAUUGUGAUCAUCAAGCAACUACAUAGCCCUCUUGUGACAAUUCAUAUCAAACAUUCCCUGAAAAUACUGACAAGUUACUUAAAUCUUAUUUUGUACUUUUGAAAUGAGCGUGGAAUUAUAUAUUUUUUACUUUAUUCAUGGUUUAAUAUCACAUUGAUUUUUAGUUGUUUAUUUUUACACCAUACAUUGUGAUCAUGUCAUGCCGUCACAAUCAGUGCAGUUAUUUCUGUUGUAUUGCCACUCAGUGUUCACAUACUACAUACUACAUGUCCAAUGUGUGUUUCAGUGUUCCGCUGGCUGUCGUUAUGAUCGACUUUUUGUACGACUGACAGUUUUGUUAGCACACAGAAAUGAAAAAAAAAAGUAGGAAACCUGGCUGUUUGAAACUGACCGGUCAAUCUCAGAUACUAUUUUUAUUUCUGUGAAGUUUGGUUGGGAGUCACUUGUUUUAUCUUUUGGAGAAUGUUGAAAUGUUUUAGGUGUAAGGGACCACAUUUUAUGUUUUAUUUUGUUUUGUUUUUUUUAAUCGACUAUGGGACGAUGACCUGGGUCAGUGAGAAGUAAAGGAAGUAAUUCAGUUGUCUGUGUUGUUUGUUUCCAGUAUUAAAAAUCUCCUAAGCGGCAGUGGGCCAAAGAAAAGGAAAGCCAUCACCAUGGAAGUGAAAAUGAACAUAACACACAAACACAUCAUAAGAACUGCUAAAGAUUAACUCGUGAAUGAUAUUGAAUCAUUUUAUUACUGUAUUUUAUAUGGCAAUAGUGUUGUCUAAAACUGAAAUCGAUUGUAACAUGAUGAUGACCUGUAUUUUCCACUGUAUGAUCAAUAAUGAUCAGAGUUGAAAUUAUAGUUCAAUCCUCAAGAUGGGGUUUCAUUACUAACGACUAAAUAGUCACUACAAUUGUUUGAUCCUCUGCAAUUGUUUUGUCUCUAAAAACAAAAGUCAAUUAAUUAGAUUUUAUAAUCUUGCUUUCAAUCUUAAUUUGACAUGUUAGUUUGACACGCGUUAGAUGUGUGCCACUAGGUGGCAGCAAAGUCGUGUUGUCUUGGAAAUAAAUACGUAUGUAAGCACAUUCCACACUAGUAUAUUACAAUAUUUAAUGUAAGCUCCGUAUAAACAAAAAAUUAAGCUUGUAUUUGUGAUGGAAAUUGCUUUUUUCAGACAGAAUUAUAUUUUUAAACAAAACAAAAACAAACAGCAUGCUGACUGCAGUAUUAUACGGCAUUUAGACGCCCCAUGAGUGCCUAAUACAGGGGCGGCCAACCAGUCAGAGGCUAAGUGCCACUUUUUUUGCUGUGUUACUGCAAAGAGCCACAUCAUACUUAUGGGCACACAUAUAACAUUAUCCCAUGCAUUAACCAGAACCCUGCUCAGCCAGAUUUAUUGAAAACAUCCCACACCAACAUUAUAAUAUCAGUUAUUUUCAACAGUUAACAUUGUGUGCACUGUUUCACACACACACAAACUCUCAGUUCAAGCAAGUCCACAAACAAAAAUAAAAUGAUUUUCUCUUACUACGCUGCUUGAUGAGACUUCUGGCAUUCCUUAUCUUGAGAAAUCCUCUUCAAAUCUGGCUUGUAUUCUGUUGUUGCCACUUGAAGCAAUUCUUUCAAAUGAGUGUCAGUCAGAAGAGAUUGAUGCUUUGAUUUCACAUGUUUCAGGGUAGAAAAAACAGACUCGCAGACGUACGUUGACCCAAACAUUGACAGUAUCUUAAGCGCAGCUUGUUUGAUGCUGGGGUAUUUUCUCUAGGCAUACUUUUCCAGAACUCAAUGCCCCCCCUGUAAAACAGCUUUCAGUUGAUCACCUCACAAAGAUCGAUCAUCUCCAACUCAGCCGCAGCCUCAUCUGUGACAAGCGGGGCUUUCAGUUUUCGCAUUAAAUGGGUCGACGAGGAACAUAAUCUGUGGUCUUUUCAGUUGUAGAUCACAGAAACGGGUCACAAAGCUUUCGUGCAGGUUUGCAAUCAGUAUUGCAUAUCUCUCUCUUUUCUUUUUCAGGGUGGGGCUGGUGACUUGUUCACUGGCUUUUAGCAGAGUAUUAAAAUGCGUUAAAUCUCCCUUUUGAAUAUGCGCCUUGAACAGCUUUAGUUUGUUGACCAACGCAAACACACUUUGCACCAGGUCAGGCAGCAUUUUUAACUUACCCUGGAGGGUCAUGUUCAUUCUGUCCAAGUGACACAGCAUGUCGACUAAAAAUGCCAGAUCCAUAAGCCACUCAAGGUCCGAGAGCUCGGGAUAGUCCUUGUCCUUCUCUUCCAUGAACAAUUUCACUGCAUCAAAAAGCACCUUGCGUUUUGGUAAUGGUAAUGGUUUUAUUUCAUUUGAACAUGCAUCAGAUUACAAUUGAGUGCAUCAAAUAAUCAGUUCACAGUUCCACAUGUCCAAAAGGAGUAGGAAGAAGCAAAGCUUAUUAAAUCCUACCCCUCCAUCUGGUACUUUUACAAUCAGUAACUGUUGCAUUUGUUCACUUCCUGCUUUCCAUAAUAAAGUUAGUUAUUUUUUUUUAUAAUGCACCUGGUACCGAAGUACGAGGUGAUAUGACCAUGACAAUGACAUAAUGGGUACCAUAGUAACUGUCAAUAUAGUGAUAUGUAGAGAUGUAUGUAUGUAUGAAUAUAUGUAUGUAGUUUAGACAGCCACCUCACAGUGCAGUGCAGCAGCAGGUCACCUGUAAGCCCUUGGUCCAGCUCAGCCAUGAGAUUCCUGAAUUGCCUGUGGUUAAGCGCAUGUGUGUGGAUGUAGUUGAUGAUUUCCAUCCCAGGCUUCAUGACGUUUUCUGAAUUCAACGAUUUAGACACAAGUUGCUCCUUGUGGAUGAUGCAGUGGAAAUUCCAAAAGUCGGGAAAUGUUUGAUCAGCUUUUGCACAGGCCCACAAGCCCGUUCACGGAUCUGAUCAUGGCUGGCGCUCCAUCCGUGGCUAUUGCUUUUGCAAAUGCAGCCACAGCUCUCAUCUAAAGCCACACUAAAAUACUCACAUGCUUGAAUGUCAGAGUGCAACUGUGAUUCAACGGCCGUAUUAAUAUCCGAUA